AUGUUUGCUCUACGUUCUCGUUUAUCAACCAUCACAAGAUUCCAAUCACCAAUCCGUUCAUUCUCUUCAUCAAGAUUGAUCUUACAAUCUGCUAAACCAGUUAAAACUGCUUCAAAUUUAGCUGAAGUUGAUGGUAAAGAAACUUUAAUUGGUCCUGGUGCUAAAGAAGGUACUUUCCCAACUGAUUUAGAACAAGCUACAGGUUUAGAAAGAUUAGAAUUGUUAGGUAAAUUAGAAGGUAUUGAAGUUUUCGAUACUAAACCAUUAGAUAGUUCAAGAAGAGGUACCAUGGCUGAUCCAAUUUUAGUUGAAAGUUACGAUGAUUACCGUUAUGUUGGUUGUACUGGUUCUCCAGCUGAUUCUCAUGUUAUUGAAUGGUUAAAACCAACUGUUGAAUCAGUUGCUAGAUGUUGGGAAUGUGGUUCAGUUUAUAAAUUAAAACCAGUUGGUGUUCCUCAUGAUGAUCAUCAUUAA